GUGUGGAAAGCCAUACAACAGUCACAUCUCUACGACUUUGUCAACAGUACUGAUGCAGGCAUUCAUUAUAAGGUCUCUGAGGGCGGAGAGAAUCUCAGUGUGGGUCAGAGACAGUUGAUGUGUUUGGCGAGAGCUCUGCUCCGCAACACAAAUAUCCUGAUCUUAGACGAGGCGACGGCUGCCGUAGACCUCGAGACCGAUGCUCUGAUUCAGACGACCAUAAGAACUGAAUUCACUCGAUGUACAAUACUUACGAUCGCUCACAGACUCAACACUAUUAUGGACUCCGACAGAGUACUAGUGCUCGACUACGGACGGGUAGCCGAGUUUGACUCACCCCAGGCUCUCCUCCAAAACGAGAGGUCUAUCUUCCACUCACUCGCCAAAGACGCCGGACUCGCAUAA